GUGGAGCGGAGGACAGCCCUCCUGUGUGACGCAUGGGUCGCGCUACGGUACGCCAUUUGUGUCUAGCAGGGAAAAGCGCGGAUAGAGAAAAUAGUCGUGAAAAAGGGGGAAGUUCAGUCCGGCAUUGAUUACAGCAGUCACCUACACUGUUGGGCAUAAUUACAGCAGAAGGUAUGGAUGAAUCAUUGAUGUCAGAAAAGGAGCCUGGACGUGACACCAGUGGGACGGUGAAACCAGGUGAUGAAGAAAUGGAGGAAAGUACAAAACACUCAGACAGUACUGCCAAGUCCCAUGAAGCAGAUGAGAUGUCUGAGAAACCUCAGACACACUCUGUAGCUGAGGAUGGGAGUAACCUCUGCACCAUUUGUGGCUUUUCAGCCAAAUGUCCACGCUCACUGAAGAUUCACUAUGGAAGAAAGCAUGGGAAGAACAGUGAUAAAUGUUCAAAGUCAGCUGCAAAAAGUAAAACUAUCUUGAAUGUCAGUUCAGCUGGAACCCAACAGGAGGCAGACAUGGAGACAGACACAGCUGCUGAGGUACAACAGGACCUGGAGUCUGAUCUUAUGGAACUGACUUCAGCAGCCAAUGACAACGACAGUGGCAUGAACAAAAAUACUAUAUCUAAAAAGCACCAUGUAUUAGAAGAGGAGAAGACUUACCAAAAGACCCCUAACCAAAAGAGAAGACUAAGCAAAAGAACACCAAAACCUAAGAAGAUUUACUCCUGCAAUUACUGUGGAGCGGAAUUUAGGGACAAGGCCCCUCUAGAUGUUCACAUCCAGAGAUACCACUCCAAAGACACACCAUACACGUAUGAAGCUGAUGAGGACAUGGUUGACGAAGAGGACUCUGAAGACACCGAGGACUCUGUGAAGGCUAUUCCAACACGAGUGGCAGCCAAGCGUGGGCAAAGCAGGUUUCAGCUGAAAUGUACCCACUGUGACUUGCGGGUUAGUACCCCUGCACUGCUGGAAAGCCACGCUCGAGCCAAACAUCUGGAUGAGGAGUGGUUCCGCUGCAAAUUGUGUAAUUUUUUUUCCGCCACAUCAGAAUGGAUGGAAACUCACCUGACCUCGGACAACCACAUGCAGCGACAGACAGGGAAGAAAACUGCAGAGGUGCCUUUGUUUGAAGUCUAUGUUGAAUGUGUAAGCAAAGGCAGUGCAGGAUGUCAUUUAAAUGUAGAUGAUAGUGGAGAAGGAGGAAGUACCUUAGAAGGAGAAGAUCAGGAAGCUGCAGUGGGAGUGGAGGAUGUUAAAGACAUGUUAGUGGGGGUAGAAGAUUUGGAGCUUGAGCCCCCCAGAAAAAAAAGAGGAAGGCCAAAGCUAGGCUCCACAACCACUUGUACUUACUGUGGCCUAGUAGUGUCCAGUGCAACCAACCUCAAUGUUCAUGUUCGUCGUAAACACAGCAAGGAGUAUGGCUACAGCUGCAAUCUGUGCAACUACAGCUGUGUGACCAAAGGAGACAUGGAUCGUCACUGUAUCACUAAGAAACAUGUUAGACGUGCACAGGAGUGUACAAGCAAGAGCCCAGUCGACAGUAGCACAAGUGUGUCACCACAGGAACCCACAAGUGAUCAAGCUCAGGAACCAAAUGCUGCCUCACACACCUCCAACGAAGAGCAGGAAUCUAACAACAUAGCCUCCAAAGAGUCCAGAGGAGAAGAUCCCAUUCAGGCAGACACAAGCCAGAAUAUAAGUAAAUGUGGCUCUGGUAAUCUGUGUAGCCAGUGCGAUUUUGUUGCUCAAUCAGUCCCUGCGCUCCAUCUACACAUCAAGCGAAAGCACACAAAUGACUUUGAGUAUGUCUGUUUAGCUUGCAGCUACUAUGCUGUAACAAGCAGGGAGAUAUAUCGCCAUAUGAACACAGAUAAGCACAAACAGAAAAGCAAGAGAUAUCUAGAGCCACCGGAGAGUGAGGGGCAAAGAGCUUUGGCGCGCCCAUUGAAGCUGAAAGAGGUGAACUCUGACCCAGAAUGUGUCCCUUCUAGCUCCACUGAAGAGUCUGGGUCUCGUUCUGAAGACAGUCAAGCUACUGAAAGUAAUAAUAAAGCUACACCCUCUGUCACCCCGGGACCUGUCGAUGCUGAGGUUAGUGGUGCUGGCAGUGCAGAGCAGAAGAAAGCAGAGAGUACUCCAUCUUCCACUGGUGCAGAGUCUGAUCCCAACAACCAGGCUAUUAGCCCUACUGCACCAUCUGAACCCCAGCAAGCUCCCACAGAACCUUACUCGGAAACUGAUGAUUCUGCACAGCAAGAAAGUAGGGAGGAAGUUAUUAAAGCGACAGACAAAGAGCAUUUGAAUGUGAUUAUUGUAGAUGCAAAAAGUGACUGCUCACAAUCGGAGAAUCAAAUGUCCAAAGCUCUUCCUUUUGAUGCCUGCAUUGUAUCCAUGAAGGUCUUCGCUGAGCAGGAGGAGGUGCUGCAGGAAGGUUUGGCUCUGGAAGAUGAGGCCCCAGUGAUGUGUCUGACUGGCGGCUCACGAGUGCCCUAUGGCCUCCUGUCUCCAAGUGUUGCACAUGCCAAGAAGCUCAAGGAAAAGGAAACGAGGGAGGAAUCCAAAGGAAGCAGCUCUCGCAUACGUUGCGAGGACUGUGGAUUCAUGGCAGACGGCACGAGCGGCCUCAAUGUCCACAUCUCAAUGAAGCAUCCGUCCAAGGAAAAGCAUUUCCACUGCUUGGUUUGUGGCAAGUCAUUCUACUCUGAGAGCAACCUGCACCAGCACCUGACCAGCGCCGCCCACCUGCGCAAUGAGCAGAACAGCGUGGAGGAGCUGCCUGAAGGGGGAGCCACCUUCAAGUGUGUGAAAUGCACAGAGCGCUUUGAAUUUGAGCACGAACUGUUCGUUCACAUCAAGGAGAAACACGAGGAGCUCCUCAGAGAGGUCAACAAGUAUGUGGUAGAGGACACGGAGCUGAUCAACAAAGAGCGUGAGGAGAACCAGGGCACUGUGUGUAAAUACUGUGGCAAGGUGUGCAAGAGCAGCAACUCCCUGGCUUUCCUGGCACACAUUCGUACUCACACUGGCUCCAAGCCCUUCAAGUGCAAGAUCUGCAACUUUGCGACCGCUCAGCUGGGAGAUGCCAGGAACCACGUGAAGAGACAUCUUGGCAUGAGAGAGUACAAAUGUGACAUCUGUGGAUGGGCCUUUGUGAUGAAGAAGCACCUCAGUACCCACCUACUGGGAAAGCAUGGAGUUGGACAGCGUAAAGAGAGGAAGUUUGAAUGCGGGUUGUGUGAACGCUCCUUCAGUGAAAAAUGGGCCCUAAACAACCACAUGAAACUGCACAAUGGGGAGAAACCGUAUAAGUGUGGCUGGCCGUCCUGCCACUACGCCUUCCUCAACCUGUCGGCCAUGAAGGACCACUACAGGACACACACUGGUGAGAAGUCCUACCUGUGCGACCUGUGCGGUUUCGCAGGAGGCACGAGACACGCCCUCACCAAACACAGACGUCAACACACAGGAGAAAAGCCCUUCAAGUGCCAACUCUGCAACUUUGCCUCCACCACGCAGUCCCACCUAUCACGGCACAAACGUGUCCACACUGGGGAGAAACCAUACCGCUGUCCCUGGUGCGACUACAGAUCUAACUGUGCUGAGAAUAUCCGGAAGCACAUCCUCCAUACGGGAAAACACGAGGGCGUGAAGAUGUACAACUGCCCCAAAUGUAGCUACGCCACUAACGCCCCCAUGGACUUCCGCAACCAUCUGAAGGAGAGCCACCCUGAUAUUGAGAACCCAGACCUCGCCUACCUACAUGCAGGUAUCGUGUCCAAGUCUUUCGAGUGCCGUCUGAAGGGACAGGGCGCUACGUUUGUGGAGUCAGAGUCCAUGGGUUCGCCUGUACACAUGAAGGGAUCAUCAGAGGCAUCCAUACACGAUGACCAAAUCCAGCAGGUCAUCAUCAUCCAGGGUUACGACGGCGAGGAGGUUGCCAUCGAUCAGACCUUGGAGGAGUCGGCUGCCGCCACCCUGCAGACGCUGGCUAUGGCCGGUCAGGUGGCCGAGGUGCUGCACAUCACCGAAGACGGACAAGUCAUUGCCUCAGGAAGAGAGGUGGCAUCUGGGGGGGCACACCUGGCGGGAGACAGCACCCAGUUUGUGGUGCUGGAGUCGGGGGAGGCCAGGGAAGAGCUGCAUGCCGUCACCAGAGGCGGGGUGGCAGCCGCAGGUCACAUGGUUUCCGAGUCGUCCUCGGCCCUGGAUGCUCUCCUCAGCGCCGUCAGUGAAAUGGGUCAUCAGAAGAAAACACAAGGAGAGACGACUAUCAUCCACGAGGUCUUGAGCCCCGACAUGGCCGAGGCGGUGCAGAGCGAAGGGCAUAUGAAGCAGGAGCAGGACGAGGUGCAGGUCAUCCAGGAGACGAGUCAGCCGGGGAUGCAAGAGGUGCUGCAGCUCGCCGCGUCACAGAUGAUGAAGGAGGGUCUGACCCGAGUCAUCGUCAAUGACGAAGGCACUCACUACAUUGUGACGGAGCUGGACAAUUGCACCUUACAGGUGGAGGGAGCCGUGUAUGGAGAGGCUGGGGCAGGUGAUGGGGAGGUGCAGCAGGUGGAGCAGCAGGCUGGAGAAGAGAUGGUGGUCUAUUUGGAAGGAGAACCCUCAUAAUUAAGUCAUGGAAGGAGAGAAGAGAGAGAAAUGAGGUAAUCAAGGUAAAGAUUAAUUCCAUUUCAGUGAUGUGGCCUGUACGAGGCCCAAUCAUUUGCAAGGAAAUCAGUCUCCUCCUCUCUUUUUCUCUUCAAUUUCAGUCUGCUUGAUUCUUUUUUUUUUUUUUAAAGUCUUCUAUUUUCUGUUAUAUACUGUCUUCUAUGGGGCUUUGCUAAUCUCAGGUUAAACACAAUUUAUUUAGAGGGACAGUAAACGAGGGGUUAUGGUGCUAACAAUGCAAUUUGCAACUGUCACCAUGACGAUAUUAACAACUGGAUUCGUGACGUUCAAAGUGUUGAAUAUAUUUCCUACUUUAGUAUUUUUUAAGAUCACAUAUAAUAAUCUGAGAAUAAAAGUGCUCACUGUAAAAGGAAGAUACAUAUUUUUGCUUUGUGAAAUUCCUGAUGUGUUGACUAUUUUUAAGUUUUGCUUUUGUUGUGGUUUAUGAAUUUACCAUUAGAUCCGUGUGCUAAUCAGUCCUGAAAAACCAAUCAUUUGAUUCAAUCUGACACAUUUUUAUAGUUGUAACAAAACAGAACCAAUAAUUACACAUAUCCGUGUUUUUGUUUAGCCUUUGGAAAAUAUUGAUGCGGUUCAAUUUGCAACAAUAAAAAAAAUGCACAUCAUUUUUUUAA